UCACUGGGGAUCAGGACUGAAAAAGUACUGACAACACUGACUGAAAAAAGUAAAACAACAAAAAUAUCAUCAUUAUUUUUAUCAAUUAUUCCUCAUUAUUCAGUUAAAAAAAUUCUAGCGUGUAAAAACUUCAUAAAUUUUCCAAAAGACAAAGAAAUUGAAAUUAUAAAAUGUUGCGCACUAUUUUCCAAAAAACCGGACAAAAUGUAUUGCCUCGUCUUGGUCAACGGACAGUGGCCACAAGCGGAAUAAAAAAUGAGAUUUUCAAUGUACAAAGCACAGAAGAUUUCGAGAAUAAAGUCAAAAAAAGUGAUAAGGUUGUGAUAGUUGACUUUUUUGCAACAUGGUGCAAUCCCUGCAAAAUGUUGACACCCCGUUUAGAAUCCAUCGUUGGAGAAAAAGCUGGAACCGUUAAAUUGGCUAAAGUAGAUAUCGAUGAACACAGCGAAUUGGCUUUGGAUUAUGAUGUAGCUGCCGUACCAGUUCUCAUGGCUAUGAAAGAUGGCAAAGUGGUCAAUCGUAUGGUUGGCUUACAAGACACCGACAAGCUUAGGGCGUGGAUCGAAAAAACUGUUGAAGAUAACAAGUAAAUAUAAAGGUACCAGAAGAGGACGAAUUAUUAAUGAUGUGUUUAAUAUUCGGCCAGUACAGUUGAGCACAUCCCAAAAAUACAUUUUAGCAGCUUUAAAUUUCUAUGAAUUUUAAAUUUAUUCAAUGUUAUCUUGGCAUUAUUUAGUGAUCUGAUAAAGAAAAAUAUCCAUAUUUUAUUUCUAAAAUAAACAUUUUGGUAUUAAACUUUGUCAAACGAAUCUGUUGAAAUAACUGUAAAUUGUUUUUAUUAUAAAUAAACUUUAUUUUUGAAAAUAAAAAAAAA